AUGAAAGCAAUACGUUACAUUAUUAUUAUUAUAAAUUUCUUCUCAAUAUUAGUAUAUGUUAAUAGUGCAACUACAUCAGAAAAGAAUUUAUCAAAUACUUUUCAAUAUUUAGCAUCAGUCUAUUGCUUUAUUGAUGAUUAUCCAGCAUGGUUAAAAGAACAAAUAGUAUUAGAAUAUCUCAAAGAUAUUGCUCAAUAUUUUUAUAUUGAUAUGCAUCGUUUUAAACAAGAUCUUGAGCGAUCUCGUUUACAAAAACAAUGUUUAAAAGCUAUUGAACGUUUUCCUAUUCUUUUUGGAAGUGGAUAA